GCCACGGUGUCCUUAACUGUCGUGUUCCUGCGACAUUGCGGAGCAGAGUCGUGGUGAGCGGUUCGGUUCCUUCGUUUCCUUUCGUCCGUUGGAACCUUUGACCGGGCAGAACCCAGUUCAGGGACGUCUCGACCGUGUUCUCGCAGUGUUCCCUGUGUCUCCCUCUUUCUCUCACUCUUUCGAGACUGUUCCUCUCAGGACUUCGAAAGGAUCUGGCGACACCGGUUGCAAGGUUAGGUUCGCGACUGUCACGUCCGCGUGUUCUCGACCAAGACUCGUAGCUUUCGCGAAGUGUUUAACCCGUUCAUGUACCAUAGUGAAAACAGUGAUCGACGGCGUGUUGUUCGCGAGUGCUGAAAGUCUUCGAUUGAAGAGGAACGCGUGCUACGCCGAGCCUCGACGUGCCCGUUUCGGAGCUGAUCUCGGGCGCCUACCACGCCUGGAAUCUCUCGGGAUCAAGGAUCAAAAUCGACGUCGUGGCGAUUACACACGGAGGUUCCUACUCCAGCAUCCAUAACAGAUCGUCCAACUUUGGGCUCAAGAACCGAAAGCGGCAUCGUCCCCAGGAAAAGGUCGUCGUUCGACCGUGACAGAGGCGAAAUCUCGGGGAAAUUUGUAAAAGCGGGAGUAGCAGCGACAUAAAUCGAAUUAAGGCGUCAAGACGGUGCACGCGUCCGAGCGAGUUUUUCCCGGAUGGCAUCCCGGUGCUCGUUUUCCGCGGCCCAGCGUCGCCCGUCUCUCCCAGCAGCUUCACCGAGCAUAUCGAGUGAAUCGCGAUAAAGCACCCUCGACACGUCUCGUCGUCGGACAAAAGGGCUACACAGACGCAGCUUGAAUUGCCCCGGACUGGUUCCCGUCUCGUCCCAACCUCUAUUUUUCUAUCCUCCCCUGUUCUGUUACUCUAUAUCCCUCCAUACAACUCCCCGCGAGGAAGAAAAAUCGAAAUCGAAGUUCAACGCGUCCGACGAUCGACUCUCUGAUCGGAGGGAACGAUCGCCUGAGGAUUCUUCGAGGCAAGAUCGUGUGAACACCGACGAGUCCCAUGAAGUCCACGGACGACGCUAAAGUUGGGGAGCGAUCGGCGCCAGUGAACAUCGACUCGAGAUCGAGCAGCUGCGGCUGGUGCUCCAGGUGAAUCGAGACCGGAAGACAGACACUGAUAGGGGAAUACCGCUGUUGGAUCAUGUACAAGAUCCUUCGACGCGGCUCCAGCCGCGUGUUCGUCGCCUGCGUGGUCGUCCUGAUGCUCCUGUUGUGCCUGUACUACGUCAACCAGGCGCAGGCACCAUCCACCGGACCCUCUGCAGGGAUUCUGAACGAUGAGCUAAGGUACCAAGACCGGGGACCAACUUCGAUCACUCCCGAUUACGUGGAAUCACCGGACGCCAAGGUCUCUUUGGACACCUGCCCCAUCAUCGUGCCCAGGAACGUGGACAUAGACACCCAGCAGGAGUUCGAGAAGUUCAACUUCCAGCCAUCGUGGAUGAGAAGCAAGGAAUACUGGGACGAGAGUUUCGAGGCCAGAUACGCAGAGCUCAGAAAGGAUCCAACGAGGCCGCCAUUGAAGGUGAUCCUGGUCCCCCACAGUCACACGGAUCCAGGAUGGCUGAAGACGUUCGAACAGUAUUUCCACAGCUCUACUAGGAGCAUCCUGAACAACAUGGUCUCGAAGCUGCAGCAAUGGCCGAAUAUGACCUUCAUCUGGAGCGAAGUGUCUUUCUUAUCGCUUUGGUGGGAGAGUGCUCAUCCCACCAAAAAAAUGGUCGUGAAGAGGUUGGUGAAAGACGGCAGACUGGAGAUGACCACGGGAGGCUGGGUAAUGACCGACGAAGCUACUUCGCACAUCUACGCCAUGUUGGAUCAACUUAUAGAAGGUCACCAGUGGUUGAAGGCGAACCUGGACGUGAUCCCGGAGUCGGGCUGGUCGGUGGACCCGUUCGGUCACGGUGGCACCAUUCCGUACUUCCUGAAGGCGUCCGGCGCUUCCGGUACCGUGAUCCAACGGAUCCACUACGCGUGGAAACAGUGGUUCGCCAAGAAACAAUAUGGCGACUUCAUCUGGCUGCAUCCCUGGGAUCAAACCGGGGAGGCGGACAUGCUGACCCACAAUCAGCCGUUCGACAUCUACAACAUUAAACACUCCUGCGGCCCUCAUCCUCAUGUCUGCCUGAACUUCGACUUCCGAAAGAUACGGGGAGAGUACACCGAGUACUCGGUACGGGCGGUUGAGAUUACGCCGAACAACGUCAAGCCAAUGGCCGAGUUGCUUUUGGAACAAUACUCACGGACGGGAUCCUUGUUCACGCAUAAUGUCGUGCUGAUGCCACUGGGCGACGACUUCAGGUACGACCACGCGGUGGAAUGGGACCAACAGUACACGAACUACAAGAUUUUGAUGGACUACAUAAAUAGCCGGAAGGACGAGUACAACGCCGAAAUAGUGUUCGGGACGCCGAAAGAUUACUUCCGCGAGAUCCGAAAACGCGUGGAGAGCUUCCCGACCCUGAAAGGCGACUUCUUCGUCUACUCGGACAUCUUCAGCGAGGGCAGGCCGGCUUACUGGAGUGGCUACUUUACCACGAGGCCGUACAUGAAGAUCCUGGACCGCGAGUUGGAGGCGAACCUCCGAUCGGCGGAGAUCCUCUACACCAUCGCACUGAACGUCGCCAAACAGUCGGGGAAGGAUUUCAUGCUCUACGAGACGUAUUUCGAGAAGCUGGUCAAGGCUAGACGGAAUCUGGGCCUGUUCCAGCACCACGACGCGAUCACCGGCACCUCGAAAUCCUUCGUGAUGAAGGACUACGCGUUGAAGCUGUUCGAAUCCAUCUCGGACACGACCAGCCUACAGAGCUUCGCCAUUCAAUCGUUGGCUGGAACGACCAGCAAACCGAACUCGGUGUACGUAUUGGCGGAGUCCGACAGGGACAGCUACGAGAAGCUACCGAAGAAGAUACCGAUCGGCAUUAACGACCAGGAGACGAAGAAGGUAGUUCUGUUCAAUCCUCUAGCUCAACCUAGACAGGAAGUGAUCAGUCUGAAGGUCACUUCUUACAGAAUCAGAGUCCUGGACCCGCACAAGAACCCCAUCCCUUAUCAGAUCGCGCCGGUGAUGAACGCCACGAGCAUCACGCACGACGUCUACGUAUUGUUGUUCCUGGUUGAGCUGAAACCUCUGGCCAUCGUCACCUAUCAUCUUCAACAGAUCGACAAGGUACCCAUGGAGGCGAUCUCGACGGUCUACUGCAGCAGAUGCGGUAAAGACAACGUGUUCCCCAUAAAACCGAUGCAAGUGGGCGACGUGCAGCUGGAGAACCAACGUAUGAAGCUUCUGUUCGACGGACAGACGGGAUUCCUGAAGCGGGUGACCAAGAAGGCGACCGGAAAGGUCAUGCAGUGCGCGAUCCAGUUCGCGGCGUACACGUCGGCGCAGUUCCACAGUGGGGCGUACCUGUUUAUGCCCGACCCGAACCUCCGUGACACCGACAAGGAUGUUCUCGAGGCGUACACGCCUCACCAGAAGAUCUACAUCGUCAGCGGGGUCCUCAGCUCGCGGUUGACCGUCGAGUACGGAAGACUGCUGACGCACCACGUGUCCAUUUAUCACCGGGACGGCGGUCUGGGCGAGGCGAUCUGCCUGAGGAACAUUGUGGACUUCGAGACACCGCCGAAGAACCGCGAGACAGAGAUGUUCAUGCGUUUGCAAACCGACAUACUGAACGGCGAUCCUCCAGAGUUCUACACGGACCUGAACGGCCACCAAAUGAUCAAGAGAACGAAAAUAGAGAGGAUAGGAAUUGAGGGUAACUACUUUCCCAUCACCACAAUGGCCUACAUCGAGGAUACGAAUCACAGGCUAACCUUGCUGGUGAACCACUGUCAAGGAGCCGCCAGCUACCAGCCAGGAUGGCUGGAAGUGAUGCUGGACAGGAGAACCCUGUACGACGAUUCGCGAGGAAUGGGCGAGGGUCUGCUUGACAAUCGAAGGACCGUGAUAAAACACUGGAUGCUAUUGGAGGACAUCGUGGGGGAGAAGGACAAGCAUUCGAAACCGUCUCUAUUCGCUAAUCACUUGAGCAACGCGCUUAAUUAUCCCGUGAACAUCUUCGUGGUGGACGGGGCGGACUCUGAUAUCGUAAUGGCGCCGGAGAUCCGGCUGCUCAGUCAGAGUUUCCCGUGCGACGUUCAUCUGCUCAACCUGAGGACCAAUCACGAUCAGAAACUACCAAACUUCCCGGUGAACAGCGCGCUGAUGGUGCUUCACAGACAAGGUUACAGUUGCUCCGUGGGCGUGGACGUGGCCAUGAAACACUGCCCGCUGACGGAGAAGAUACCACAGGGGACGUUCUUCUUCAAGCUGGCCAAGCUGAACAUCACCAAAACCUCCCUGACGGGCACCAAGACGAAGCAUCGGCUCAAGGACGGCCUCCAGGAGGUCAGUCUGCAGCCAAUGGAGCUGGAGACGUUCAACGUGAACUUCGUCCAAUGAUCUUAAGCCUUGUUCUCGGGGGCGAACGACGCCACCGGGAAACGCUCAGUCUUCGGCGAGGUCGACGCCCGAGUUCCGGAAGCGUUUGUUUUUUAUCUUCGAAAUGUCACUGCCUGUCCGCUUACUUUUCGGCAGACGCUAUCUCCUCGGAUCUGCGUUCUUUGGGUUGUUUUUAUGUUUUAUCUCUCUUCCUAUUCGAUAACUACCAGUGUAAAUACUUGACGCGCGUCACGGCGGUGAAAUUAAUUAACCGGGACGAACGUCCUGCGCCAGUGUACAUAUACCAGGCUACUGUACUGUAUUCCCUCGAUCCUUUUUAGUUGAGUUUCCCUAGACGUGGACAACGACGGGAGGAAGAGGGAGUCCGGGAAAGAGAAGAAAUUAUAAUCUGAAAUUCGCUGGUCUUCUCGGGGUUCCGUACAUCGGCUUUAGAAAAUUGUAGGGACUCGACACGUUUUUGCUCGGGCUCUUGGGGCCCCGUUUCCGCGAUCAGAACUAAUGCACCGCGUCUAAGUGUCAAUUUUUUUCAUUCCCCGAAGCACCCGAUUUAGCUGACCCGUCGACGGAGAUCAGGCACCAAGAGUCGGCUCAAACAGAUGCAAUCAAACGAUCUAAGUGCAUUACAGUCUUCUAAUCUGUAUAGAGGUAGGGAUUUUAAUUUCGAGAAUACGUGUUUCGUUUAAUUCGGUCGCGCGAAUGUUUCCUUUGUUUCUAAAUAACGUGGGGAAAUGUUUUGAAAAGUUUCUUUUCUAUUUCUGUUCUGUGUAUGAGAGAAUCUUGGCUUUCUUAAACGUCCGCCAUGUUUAAAAUCGUUUAAUUCGAAAACUAUCAACGGUUAAAGUUAAAAUUAAGCGUCGAGGCGCUUCCUUUUUCGAUUUUGUCACUAUCUAGAAAAUAGCUCUUACCAGUUUUAUGGGAUAAACUUAACGCAAGAUACGUAUCAUAGAAAAAUUAGACUUCGUCAAACUCGUAUUUCUGCACGCAUUUAACAAAAGGGGAACCAUUCAAGAUGGCCUAGUUAAAUAAAUCAUUCUGUCGACUAUACAUAGAUACAUAUGUGUAUAUACAUACAUAUAGAUAAAUAUUGUUGCGAACACAAAUCGAGAUCAAAGUUCGACGAUGUUGGAUUACCCUUUCUGUUCAUAAAAGUCUCGCAACAAUAUAUUAUAUUUGUACAUAUCACUGUAUCUUAGACCGUGUAUUGUGAUAGGAAGAUAUAAUGUAAAUGAUAUACACCUAUUUUCAUAUGUGAAACAUUUUAUCGAAGACUCUCUCUUCCCCCAGAAAAAUGGAUGGAACGAAAUUCACUAGCGUUUGCUGGUGAUUUUUUUUCAACGCUCUUCCAAUUCUAGCGGGGACACGAUUCAGUUGAACCGAGGCCGGCUGGAAAGUACCUAUUUUUUACUUUUGCUAAGCGUAUCCGGCGGAAGAGGCGAAAAAAUUCAAUCAAGCGUCCGCUGUACGACAGACUCGUGUAAAUAUAGAUUAAUUAGCGGGACGGGGAGGGUGAGAACACGUCGUACGGUUUCCACGCGAGGUGAGCGUCGCGUUUACAGAAUCAGAGGAGUAUGUGCGUUGACGUUUCGUCGUAUGCCGUACUUUUUGGUCAUCGAAGCGAACAGGAUAUUUCUAUUUUUUCUUAACAUGAUUUACGGACAAGUCCUCCUAAGGGACGCAACCCUUUUACCAUUCUAUUUUAACCUUUUUUAGUAAUAGAAAAAAUACUAGGUAAGUUCCAAAAGUAUUUCUAUUUUUUCCUGUAGUGUUCUUUUCUAAAAAUGUCCCUGAGGGGGUAUAGCAACUCUUGAAACUUUGGAUUAUCUUUUGAUAAAAAGCGAACAAGUCCUGUUAACGGAUGCAAUCCUUUUAUCUCUUUAUUUUAACUUAGUUAAAAGUUAUUUUAGUUAUUUUUACUAGUAGAGAAAGGGGAAGACUCCUGAAACUUUGGGUUAUUUUGUGAUAAAAAGCAAGUUCGAUGAAAAAAAUCGAUCUUGAACCCUCUAAAAAUAAUUUCUCUUUCAAGUUUAGUCGGUUUUAAAUAUUUAGAGAAAGAACGACCAUUUAAAUGGAAGUAUAGUCGCGUUGCUAUCGUUCCUAGUCUAUCGUCCGUUUUCGAGUACGCUCGAACUUCAACUUGACCGGUAUUUCCGUUGAAAUGUGAGAGUGUGAAUGUGAGAGAAUUUUCGUAAGAUGAUCUUGAUGUCGACGGGAGGAAAAGAACCACGAACGCGGCUCGGUGCAUUUAUAAAUAAGCCCCUCAAGCUUAUUAAGUUUCUCGUUUUUCGAUCCCGGAGACUCCGGAGUAAUUUUUAAUGAUGUAAACAAGGAGGUCGUCGCUCGAGACGAAGAGCCAGAGAGAAAUGGAAGAAGUCGCACAGAUCUUGACCGAAGACAAAUGCAGGAUUUGUUGUCGGGCCAAAAAAGGCUAUUUUUCUAGGGCUGUCCCUGAUGCGUAUUUGGGGGAUUACGUUGUCCGAAAUGAGAGCAGAAUUCAACACGUUGCAAACAACGAAAUAACGUUCCAGUUUCUUUUAAAUUAUAGCCCACCAUGCGUGCCCCUUUUUAACUUUAUAUUUUUAUCUUUGCUUUUUAUCUUGACGCUGGACUAUCGAUCGACCUUUUUUGAGGGUGUUUCGGUAAACUAUUCGAAGACAGGAAAACGUAAAAAAGAAAUGAAAUUGCAUUAUUUACAAUUUUUUUCGAAAUCUAUAUUUGAAAUGUUUAUACAUACUUUCUUUUAUUUUAUAACGAAUUAGACUUUUGUAACAGCGUUUUGUCCGGUCGACAGAGAUAACCUGUCCCUUCGAAUGGCCAAAACCAAGGAAAAUGAUCGUCAUCUUGAAGUAGUAUAUGGUUCACGAUCGCGUGACCGAUUCGCGGAGGAACGAGAACACCGAAACGAUCGCCGGAAAUCUAUGACUGUCCUUGUAACGAUAUUGUACCAUACUAUGUGUUUGUGCUGUCUCUAGAGAAGAAAGAUCUAUAUUAAAAGAUGGUAUAUGUAUACACGUGUACAUUCACACAGCUGUACGUGCGUGUACGCGUAUAUAGAGAUCUAUUUACAAGAGAUCGCUGAAAACGGUUCGCAACAGUUUUUUUUUUUUGCGACCGGUUUUAGCGACGCACAACAAUUACACGCCAAUACACAC